CCUUAAGCAUCAACUUAUCUUAUAUACCACAUCAAACGCUAAAUUAGGGUUCCUAGAGAAAACAUGAUCAAACCAAAAUUCCUAAACAUCUUUCAAAUUUCAAAAACACUUCCUUUAAACCUAAAUUUAAUUUGGGUAUUACUUUUAACUUAAGCUUUUGUCUUCUUUAUACGCUGAAACACCAGCUAUGAACUUCUCCUUUUUCCUUCGCUUUAUUCUUCAAUCGAGAAAUUACUGCUAUGAAUGGGAAUCCCACAUCGUUGCCUCCUCCAUACAUUGGCGGUUCUCAACAAAAUUCAGUCUUUCGUUUUGAUUAUGGCUAGGAUGAGCAAGAGGUUCAAAAUGAAGUUCACCAGCCAAGGUGGCUUGACGAUUUUUUGGGGAAAACGUUCUUUGAACCGUGUUCUUCUCAUUUGAAUCGAUGGAAUAACUUGAAUAUUUACUGUAUAAACUGCAAAGUAUCUGCUUGUAAGUAUUGUCUGUCCUCAGGGCAUCAUCAAAAUCAUCAGAUACUUCAAGUUUUCAGAAAUGUUUACAAGGAUGUUGUCUGCCUUGCUGCUAUGGAAACUUAUAUCGAUUGCUCAAAAAUUCAGCCCUUCAAAUGCAACAAAAGGCUGGUCUUGAAUUGUCUUCCAAUUUGUGGAUCUACAUUUGAUGACGCGGCAUCAUGCAACACCAGUAGAAAGUCGAAAGAAGCUCAUCCGUAUCACUACUGCUCCAUUGCUUGCAUGGUAAAAGCUGUUUCAAGAAACUCUGAUGAUUCAGUUCCUUCCAUCAGUUCCAUCCAAGCUCCUUCUCAUGAAUCACGGGUGGAAGCUUCUGAACCUUCCAAGCGAAAAAGGAAACGGAAAGGAACACCUCACAGAGCUCCAUUAUUUUAAGAGCCUUAAGGGGUCACCAAUUCUUUGAUAAUUUCAGUUAUCGAACUUGAAUAAAAUAAUAAAGUUCAUAUAGACGUGAAUUAGUCAUGAAGUUUUGAAUAUUAGAAAUAUUUUGGAUUUUGUUAUUUUAUUUUUUGGCUUGAACUUCCUCAUUAUCUUCUGGUACUAUAUCAUGAUGUUUUAUAUGAUAUUCAACAUUUUUUACUCUUAAUCUUAACUGUUUAUUUUUAACAUCAAUUCUUAACAUCUCGCAUCAAAGUUAUGUGAUGUUGAAGUUGCUGUCGAUUUUUUCUGAAUACGAGUUAUCGUGAUUCGUCGUUGUUUAGAAGUUAUUGUUUGCAUAGAAAACAAUUUGGAAGUGAAGACAUAAGGUGAAUAUUUGCCAGAAAUUUAUGGAGUUCACAAGUAUUUUGCCUCAAAUUUGGUGUUACAUUUUAAUAUCGAGCUCUUUCUCUCAAAUGAAAACAAAGUACUAUACAUUUCGCCAAAAAAAGAAUCGACAUUACAACGAUUAGUCAGUUAUCAAAAAUUAGCAUUUCAAAAAAUUGUUUCAACAAAUGUAUAAUCCAACAAGGUUUUGUUCAACAGUUUACAAUCAGUCUAUCACAUUCAGUACCCAUAACCAUACUCAAGCAAAUGAGUAGCCUCAGGUGAAACAAGAAAUGCAUCAGCACAAUCCACCAUACCAUAGCUGAUAGAUUCAAUCCUUGGUGGCACAAGUGAAUCACAG